UAAUAUUAGUGCAGAACACUGUACCUUUAAUUUAAAUGCCCUUGGAGUCUGCUGGGGAAGAGAAAUAAUACUGUCACUCAGUAUGACAUGCAGAUGAGUGCCGUCGAUCUUAGAAUCACCACACACUUCACUCAUUUGGCCAGUCACGGGGCCAAAACCAGUGUUUGGAGCCACAGUGUGGCGGUGGAGGCAGCAGCAAUGGGAGGCCAUACAGCAACCUAUGACAAAAUGGAAACCAGCAGGAGUGUGAGGAGACCUGAAAGUGGCACAUGGCAGAGUGUGGCGAUGGAAACAGCAGCAAUGGGAGGCCGUACAGGGACCCAUGAGAGACUCUGGACUUGGCAGCAGCAUGAGGAGGCGGUAUAUAGGGGCCCAUGGCAGAUUAGGGGCCUGGCAGUAGCUAUGGGAGGCCCGUAAUCUGCCAGCACCUAUGUCAAAAAAAUUCAACACAAAUCAGCAGUGUGUGAGGAGACCUGAAAGUGGCACAU